AUGUCCGUCGCCCGCUCCCUCCCCUCCUCCCUCCCCUCCUCCUCCGCGCCGCGGCUAGCGGGCCAAUUCCUACGAACCCGCACGAGCACGACUGCCCCUUCACAGCUACUGACGACUGGGCCCUCCCGGCGUCAGGCGGCGCUGUUGCCGUUGCCGUCGCCGUUGCGGCGCGGUGUGGCCGCGACCGCUGGAUGGUUUCAAGUUGCGAAUGGUAGCAGUUGGAUUCAGAGCGGGAGGCGCGAUACGGCCACGCGGCGGUUCUCGACGGCGGGCAAGAUUGCGGAGGCGAAGGCUGAGUUUAAGAGGUAUGGGUUUGAGGAGAUCACCGCCUCCCUCCCCACAACCAGCACCAGCAGCACCAGCACAAACACAAACACAACCACCACCCCGCCCCCCAUCCUAAUCGACGUCCGCGAACCCGCCGAGCUCCGCGCAACCGGCAUAAUCCCCACAGCCCAAAACAUCCCCAUCGGCACACACCCAGACGCCCUCUUCCUCCCGCCGGACGAGUUCCUCACGCGCUUCGGCUUCGCGAAGCCUAAGGCCAAGGAAUCGUCAUCAUCGUCGUCGUCGUCGUCAUCGCCAGGAGAAGGAGAAAAGCCGGACAUCGUCUUCUACUGCAAGGCGGGUGUGCGCGCGCGCGCCAUGGCCGCGUUGGCGGUGCAGGCUGGGUAUCACCCGCGUAGGCUGGGGGUUUAUGAUGGGAGUUGGCUGGAUUGGGAGAAGAAGGGGGGUCCGGUGGAGAAGUGGGAGGGGGAGGGGGAGUGA